AUGGCGGUUCCGGGCUGGAAGCUGCAGCUCCUGGAGCGGCGGCGCCGGGAGGAGGAGGCCUCGGUGCGACGGGAGCGGGAGCAGCGGGACCGGGCUGCGCAGCUUCCCCUUUGGAAGCGGGAGCUGCUGGAGCGGCGCCGGGCCAAGGCCGGGGGCAGCCCCGGGGCGUCCGGUAACAGCGGGGCCGGGCCGGGCCCCGCGGAGCCGGGGCUGAGCCGCAGCGCGGAGGCGCUGGAGAGCGGCGGGGAACCGGAGCCCCCCCGCGGCCGCGUCCGGCGCCUCCGCUCCCGCUUCGCCCCUGCCCGGUCCCUGAGCCCCGAGCGGGACCGGGGGGCCCCGGGGGUGCCUGAGGGUGCUCCGGGCUCAGCGGGGAUGCAGGGAACCACGGAGGGCCAUGGGGGCCCGGGGCCACCGAAGGAUGUGGGGCAGGCGGAGGGCAAGAGCGGGGCUGAGAGCCAUAGGGCAGGCAAGGGCCAGGGGGAUGGCGGGGGGGCAAGCAAGGAGCUGGAGGGGGAGAAGAGGGGAGCGGGCAAGGGGGGCAUUGAGGGGUGCAAGGAGGGGAAGGGGCAAGGGGGGGGCGUCGGGGUGGGGGCAACCAAAGAGGUGGUGGCACCAAAUCCGGUGGUACCAAAUCCAGUGGUACCAAAUCCGGUGGUACCAAAUCCAGUGGCACCAAAACCGGUGGUACCAAAUCCGGUGGUACCAAAUCCGGUGGCACCAAAGGAGCCGGUGGCACCAAAGGACCCAGUGAUACCCAAGGUCCUGGUGACACCAAAGGACCUGGUUACAACUAAAGCUCUGGUGACACCCAAAGAGCUGGUGACAACGAAGGUCCCGGUGACACCAAAGGAGCCGGUGGCACCGAAGGACCUGGUGCUAACCAAAGACCUGGUGCCACCCAAGGUCCUGGUGCCACCAAGGGACCCGGUGCCACCCAAGGACCUGGCUCCAGCCAAGGCCCCGGUGCCACCCAAGGGCCCCACCACGUGCUCAGUGCCGGUGCCGCCGUCACCAUCGUCACCAUCGCCAUCACCACCGGGUGCGGGUGGGGAGGAGCCGGGCGCCGCCAUGCGCGGGGGCCCCCGCCAUGGGCCCCCCCUGGCCCACCCGGCCCUGGAGCGCCGCAGCGGGAACACCAUCACCGUGCGCCCGCGCCGGGGGGCCACCGGUACCGGGACCACAGCGCCAGAGCCGGCCCCCCCGGCACCGGCACCAGCAGUGGGGCCGGAGCCGCUGCCCCCCCCCAAGAAGCGCUACCCCACGGCGGAAGAGAUCCAGGUCAUCGGGGGGUACCUGGCGCUGCCGCGCUCCUGCCUGGCCAAGAGCCACCCCCACCGCAAGAAGCUGAAGAUCUGGUUCAGCGAGCGGGACCUGGAGCGCACCUUCUCUUACCCGUCGGAGGGGGCGCUGCUGGCGGCCUGGGGCCCCCCCGAGGAGCCUUCACCCCCCCCAGGCCCUGCCCCCGAUGAGGAAGAUGAGGAGGAGGAGCCCCCCCAUGUGCGGGGGGGGCCUGGGGGGCUGCGGGCGCGAGCCCUGCUCGUGGAUGAAUCCUGCCGCCGGUAACCCCGGCCUCUGCCCCACGGCUGGGGGGUGUGUGUGGGGGGGUGACGAUGGAGCCACCUUGGGACCCCCCCCCUCACCAUUGCCACCACCAUGGACCUGCAGGACCCCCCCCCGGCGGGGCAGGACCCCCAUGGACCCCAUAGAC